AUGCAAUUUACUACGCAUUCACAUCAUUCCUCCUCACCUGUCAUCUACCUCCACCCACCUCACUCUGCUUCUUCGCCGCGGAAGGGGAAUCCACCAGAGGGACCAAGGGGGAGCAACAGCCCCCUCGCCGUCGAACUACUGGACGGCGGCUAGGAUCUCUCUCCUCCGACGGGCCGACAAGUGCCGGGGGCGAGGGGUGGGCAGGCCCAAAAUCAUCCGGCCGGUCAAGGCGCAUAGCAAGAUAAAGGAUUGGAAUUGGGGAGGAUAUGUGUUGAAAAAUCUGUUUCAAGCUGUCAAAAAGUUCAAGGCAGAUGUUUUGAGAAGAAACCCAACCGUGCAUAUAGUUGGAUGUCAUCUAUUUCUGCAGCUUUUUGUGCUUGAUAGCCUCGAGCUGGGUGUUCUAAACAGGGCAAGAGGUGUAACCCCGCUUAUAGGCUUGUAUGACUAUGAGUCGAUCAAGAAUAUGGUUGAGAAAAUUACAGUGAAUGUUGCCCCGGGCGAAGUUUCCUUUCACGGCGCAGCGGUGUGUAGCAAGCUCUCUAUGAGAAACCUAAUUGGAUGCAGUCUGAAGGAAGUCUGUGCAACAAAAACACCAAAGCCCACGAGAGCGCCAAAAAAGGCAAAUGCAGCGUGCACACCAAUUCUACGGAAUAGCUGUGCCAAAACCGGCCCGCAAGAGUUUUCAAAUUAUAUACGAACACGCUACCCAAGCAUAUCAGCGGAGAAACUUGGUAUACUUCUUCGGGAGCAGAAUGCCCGUGGGCUAGCAAAUAUUACAGAAAUACGUCAAGCGUUCCAGUCCAAUAUGUUCACUUUCACUGACAAGCCAAUGACAUGCAUAGCAGAUAGCUGCACUUGUUGCAAGGCGCAUGGAAGCAAAAGGUGCAUCUUGAAGAGGGAAGACACGAACACUGACCAUGUACCUCGCAUUGCAUCAGUAGAUCAAGCCCAAUUCAGCACGCCUUUAGUAAGCAAGAUUGGACCCCGAUUACCAGCACCAGGAAACCACGAAGGCACCGUGUCGGCAAACAGUUCCGUGUCUAGGAAAAGAGAUGGCAGUUUAUCUUCAAGCAUACAGUCAGGCACAACAAAGAAAAUCUGCUCACGUGAUCAGCAGGUUGUUGUUGCAGUAACCCCUGAUAUGUCUUCAACGUAUCUAUAAUUUUUGAUUGUUCCAUGCUAUUAUAUUAUCAACCUUGGAUGUUUUAUAUGCAUUUAUAU